GUAAAAAUGUCUUUGGGAUGGGGACCUUGACACAAAUGUAAAUACAACCGUAUAACAGGUUGAAAGCGCUCAACCCUGCUCGCAUCGAUGCAUCUUGGCUCGUCUACUUGAGUCUAGCGGAGUCUGUGGCUAACUUUAGCCGUUAGCUGUAGUUAGCCGUCAGAUAGGUUUCCUCCAGGGUGAACUUGUGUCAGUGGCACACCCAUGCACCAGCGCUGUGUGUGUGGCACAGGAUGUUAGGAUGGAGUGUGGCUCUGCUCUGCCAGACAGCCUGGUGUUGGAGAUCUUUCUGCAUCUGCCUCACGAUGCCGUGCUGAGAGCAGGUCUGACCUGCCGCCAGUGGCUGGCUGUGUCCAGAGAUGAGUUCCUGUGGAGGGAGCUGUUCUACAGCUACUACAGAAUUCCCCGCUGUGUCCCCAGACACCCAGCGGCGGUGUCCUGGUUCCGUGAAUUCCAGCGUCUGUUUGACUGUAUACCAUGUGUGGAGGUGCAGACGCUGAAGGAGCACAGCGACCAGGUCCUUCACCUGGCCUUCUCUCACCAGGGCCACCGCUUCUCUUCCUGCUCCAAGGACUGCACAGUCAAGCUGUGGGACACGGAGCGACCGGAUGGGUAUAUCUCUCUGGUGCACAGUACCAGCAUGCGGCAGUUCAACUGGGGUUACACCCAGUUCUCCCAGUUCAACGCCGAUGACAGUCUCCUGCUGGUGUCGGGCGUCUACCUGGGUCCUCACCACUCUUCCUCUGGGGAAAUCGCUGUCAUCAGCCUGGAGAACUACACACUCCUGUCACGUGUGAGGAACAAGCCGUAUGAUGUGUUUGGCUGCUGGCUGAACGAGACCCACCUUAUCUCGGGGAACCUGCACUGGAUCGGCAACAUGACGUCCUGCUCGGUUCUCUGGCUCAACAAAGCUUUUCAGGAUAUUGAGUCUGAAAACGUCAACGUGGUGAAGCGACUGUUCAAGAUCCAGAACGUGAACGCCAGCACCAUCCGCACCGUGAUGGUGGCCCACUGCCGUCGCCAUGACAACCCCGACCUGCUGCUGGACUACGACGCUCAGUCUCGUGCUCGACAGCAGAACGGGAAGACGCAUCAACCGCUCCUCUUCGACGUGGGAGCGUCUGGCAGCGAGGAGGAAGACGAGGACGAAGCGCUGCACAGAGAGGCCAACGGCCGUUGCUUCCCCUGCCCACGUUCAGCGCAGCCCACCAUGUCCGGGCUGGACCACAUCAUACAGAGUCGGAAAACCGUGGCGCCCACGGAGUUGGCCAUCGAGACGCAGGUGGCUAGGAUGAUGGGGGAGGUCCACACCAAAGCCCCGGAGGCGGACCUGAAUGAGCCCUCCAGCUCGGAUGAUGGAGAAGACAAGACCUACUUACUCUUCACCACCGGCAGCCUCACAUACUCCCCUCACCAGAUCGGAAUCAAGCGGAUCAAACCCGACCAAAUGACGACGUCUGGCCCGGUGCUCUGUGAAGAGCGGAGCUCGGUCGAGUUCUUCGACUCGCUGGAUCAUGUCAUUGAUAUUCACGGCCACAUCAUUGGGAUGGGCCUGUCCCCCGACCACCGGUACCUGUACGUGAACAGUCGCGCCUGGCCGUCGGGCUGCGUGAUCUCCGACCCCAUGUCCCCGCCUCCCAUCGCCGAGGAGAUCGACUUGCAUGUCAUCGACCUGAAGAGUUUGAGAGAAGAGCGCCGAAGCUUGCGAGCUCACCGAGCCUUCACGCCCAACGACGAGUGCUUUUUCAUCUUCCUGGAUGUCAGCAGGGACUUUGUAGCCAGCGGAGCCGAGGACAAGCACGGCUACAUCUGGGACCGUCACUACAACAUCUGCCUGGCUCGCCUGGCGCACGACGAUGUGGUCAACUCUGUGGCAUUCAGUCCCGCUGACCAGGAGCUACUGCUGUCCGCCAGCGACGACUCCACCAUCAAGGUGUGGAGGUCUCCACGCAUGGUCCGCCUGGUGCAGACCCCGGCCCGUCCACCCAGACCCCGGAACCUACUGUCGAACUGGCUCAGCCGUGGCAAGAAUUCGGUGUCUGCUGUCAACGGGAAACCCUGAGUUUCCAGAGUGAGGGUUCUCGAGUCCAUGCGCCCAGUGUCGAUGAGCAGCGGGGUCCUGCUGUGUGUCUUCAGAUGACUGAAUGAUGGAUCAUGAUUCACCACUGAAGCUUUUGAUCUGGAUGCACAUCAGGCCAGGACAGGCUCAGACGCAAGAAGCACAGCCGCUAAUUAAAAAAAACAAAACAAAAAACACAUCCCCUGCAGGACUAGAAAUCCACCCGUCUUCGCCGCCUCUCUCUACUGCAAACUGAUUCAGGGCCUGCUGCAGUCACAGACGACAGACCUCAGUUAGCUCUUUCUUUGAACGUGAAGUCCUCAGUGUUCGUUCUCUGCGGAGUUGAAUUCGGCAAAUUGACUUCUUCCCCAUGAACACACUUUUCGUGAUGUUAAAGUUGAGCUGCCUUCUUCAAUCGUGAAACAUGUGGGUGUAAUAUAAACAACUGUUUUUUUCUUUCUUUUUUUUUUUGCAGAGAAAGAAGGCCACAAAGGGAAUAAAGUAUUUUUUUAAGCUGCAGGCCAACUUUGUUUCUUAGCAUAUCUAACUCCCUUAGAUGAUUUUAACAUCCAAAAUAUUUAUGUGGAUUUGUUCAGAUAUUUAAUCUAGAGUUGUUAAAGAAAGGUGAACGCAUGAGCGCACUUGUGUUGCACUUGUUACUAAAUGUGUUCAAAAUCUGACCUGUUGUCUUUUUAACCGUGUGUAGCACAACAGGUGACCUGUUGAGUUAAUCGACUGUAUUCAUAUGUGUCUGAAGAGGAAACGUCUGCAGUUUUUUUUUAAAUUAAAUUGCAUUUUCUGUCUCUUCAUUGCCUCUUAUUGUUGUUUUUAUUGAUCUUGCUCUUUUUCAGUGUUUCUCCACGAUCCCUGUUCCUCUGUUCCUCAUCUCAUUCUGUCCUGAAAUGAAGUCCAACCUGUCCUGAGUGUGUGUCGUCUUCCUUCAACCUCCAUUCCGUCUGUCAUUUCUACCCAGGUAUCAGAAGCUUCGCUUCUUUAAAAAAAGGCCACAAAAGGACCACAGACCAUUUGAGAGCUGUUUUCACGUCCAAAUCCUCAUGAACUAGUGACAAAAAAAGAAGUGUGUGAGUUGGACUGAUUGUUUCGUUUGAUGUUAUGUUCUGAUAAAAAAUAUCGGGGAGGAAAUGUUGUAAAUGGAUUCGUAAGUCGUUCGCUAUAAACCA